CAGAAAAGAAAAAAAUGGUGGAGCAAUCAGUAUCAUUGAUUUGGUUUUGGAAAAAUUCAUGGAAGCGCUCAACAGGAGUUCCGCCAUGUCUAGCCACCAAGAGGAUCUUGAUCUUCUUCUCUCUCUGCAAGAUAGGGUUUUAGAAACCCCACCUGGUUCUCCUUCAAACUCUCACUCUCUUUCACCAGGCUAUCUUUCAGAUGAUGGAUCACCUAGGACUAGGAGAAGAGGACAGGUGGAUAUGUCUGUAUUUAAGGAUGUUGUUGAAGACUGUCUUGAUUAUGAGCUCAAACCAGUCGAGAAAAAUGACAAAUUGAAGAGUUCUAAGAAGUCAAAAGUUGCUGAUUUUGAGAAAUUUUCAGGGUUGAGAAUAAGGAGUCAGUUGCUCAGCCCUGCAGAGCUAAGUGACUAUUUCUCAGACAUUCGUUUUGUUCGGUUACCCACCAUAAAGAACGUGAUAGCAGGAGAGACACUUUCAGGUUGUUGGGCAACUAUUGGGAUCUUGUAUGAGAAAGGGGAUCCAAAGACUAGUUCUAUUGGGAAGAAGUAUAGUAUAUGGAAAAUGGGGUGUUUGAACAAUGAUGUUAUAUCGCUUUUCAUGUUUGGUGAUGCUUACCAGCAGAACUGGAACGAGCAGCUUGGAACAGUUUUUGGGCUGUUUAAUUGUUCUGUACGCAAAGACAGCAUGGGAUCAGGCUUUUCCUUAAGUGUUUGCUCUGCCAGUCAAAUUCUUAAAAUUGGCAUUUCAGUUGAUUUCGGAAUUUGUGAAGGCAAGAGAAAGGAUGGGACGAGGUGUACAUCUGCAGUAAAUAAGUAUGUCACUUGCAGUUCUUAUAUUUACUUUUGA